GACAACUGAUCAAGGUUUUUACCUUUGGUUCUUGUUGCGACAUAAACAAUGGGUCAAGGUCCUAUUAUAAAUCUGAUUUAGCUUUCCUAGAGUUUAGAAAUCCCUUGUCGUGCUAUGGGUCUCAUUGUUCUCUUUGGGGUUCUCAUCAUCUUGGUAUCAGAGCAUUAGAUCCCUAAAUCAGGUUUGCGUAUCUUUAGUUUUCAGUUUUUACAUCAAAAAAAAAAAUUAGGGUUCUUUUCUUUCUUGUCUGCAACUCUUUUCAUCUUGUUCUGUUGAAUCUGUGUUGCUGGUUCUGAAAAACAACAAAAAAAAAAAAUCAGAGAGAGAAAAGCACAAAAAAAAAAGGAAAGAAGUUGUUGAAAAAAACAAAAGGAAGAAUCGAAAAAAAAAAAGAAGAAAAAAAAAAGCGAAAAAAAAAGGAGAGAGAAACAAGCAACACAAUUCUAUGGUUGGAAUUCCUUAUAUAGAGAAGAAAUUUGUGGCCAAAUCCUUAAAGAAGAAGGAAUCCUACUCCAAUAAGGAGUUUGAAAUUCUCUUUGAGUUCUAUUCAAACAAGGAGAUGGCAGUUUUGUUUAUUCCUUCCUAAAUAUGGUGCAUAUGGCGAUGAAAGUAGAACAGCAACUCAAGCGUAAAGGAGCCACCACCAGAACUGGGCAAAAUUCAGGUUCCUCAUCUUCUUGGAAACUGAAUUGGAGCAAAAAGGAAGAAAAUUAUGUUUUUAAGCCUAAAACUGCAGCAUCUAAGCACACGAUGAUCUUGAGAGAAGAUGGAGAAAUUGAAAUAGAGGGUGAAUCUGAUGAUGACUCUAUGCCACCAUUGGAAGAUGCUGAUGAUGGCAUGGAAUAUGCUGUUGAUGGAGAAUUGCUUGUCACCAGGCGUGCUUUGAAUGUGCAAGCCAAAGAAGAUGAUGAAGUACAACGUGACAAUAUAUUUCACACGAGGUGCCAUGUCGAAAACAAGGUUGAAGAACUCAUGAAGAAGGGGCAUUUGAGAGAAAGCAUGAAUCCAUGUGCAGUUCUAGUGCUACUUGUGCCUAAGAAGGAUGGGACUUGGCGUAUGUGCGUUGAUUGUCACGUUGUCAAGAAAAUCAUUGUAAAGUAUUGUCACCCUGCUCCUAGAUUAGAUGACAUGUUAGAUGAACUGCAUGGUUCUUGCAUAUUCACUAAAAUUGAUUUAAAGAGUGGGUAUCAUCAGAUUAGGAUGAAGGAAGCUGAUGGACAAACAAAAGUGGUUAGUAGGACGUUGUCGACCUUAUUGCGAUCUAUUAUCCAGAAUAACUUGAAGAAUUGGGAAGAGUGUUUGCCGCACGUUGAAUUUGCUUAUAACCGAAGCAUCCAUUCAGCAACUAAUUGUUCGCCAUUUGAGGUUGCAUAUGGCUUUAAUCCACUCACUCCUUUGGAUUUAUUGCCAUUACCUAUUGAUAAACAAGCUAGUUUGGAUGAGAAAAAGAAAGCUGAAAUGGUUAAGCAACUACAUGAGAGGGUGCAACAAAACAUAGAGCGACGAACUCAGCAAUAUGCAAAUCAAGCCAACAAAGGGCACAAGAAAGUUGUGUUUGAACCUAGAGAUUGGGUUUGGGUGCAUAUGCGAAAAGAGCGAUUCCCUGCACAAAGGCGUUCUAAGUUGCAGCCAAGAGGCGAUGGACCAUUUCAAGUGAUUGCAAGGAUAAAUGACAAUGCAUACAAGUUGGAGCUUCCUGGUGAGUAUAAUGUUUGUCACGCCCCAGAACCCAAAUCCGGAGACGCGACAGACGCCGUGCACUCGUGAUCGGGUCCCACGAAUGCACAAGGCUCGGAACUUAUCCAAAUCACAUCUAACAAUCCAAACUCAGAUCAGAUAUUUCAAAAUUAAUUCCCUAUGUCCAAACACAACUUAACCUCAAAAUCUCCAGAUCAAAUCUCUUAUAAACUAACUAUCCACUAAAUGAAUUUACAAUCUCCAAUUAAAAUCUCGCUUACAAGAUCAUCAUUUAUAUCUAAAAUCCAUAUUCAAUUUACACGAUGGCUAGCCUUCUAACUUGUCACUCCCCUCGGUUUCCCCCGUCCUCAGUAUCACUUCCUGAAAUGGUGGACAAGGAAAACUAUGAGAUAACUCAGUAAGUAAUUAUGGAUAGCCCUUGGGUAAAACUUUUAACAUGCCAGAUAAACCAUGUAAGUAUAACAGAACUUUCACUGAUAAACCGUUAAUGCGGAAAUCAAAUUCGGUUCAAUAGCAAAACGUUUCCUGACAAACCGUUAAUGCAGAAGAAAACUCAGUUCAGUAGUCUCAUCUAUAAGUCAUGGCCAGUGUUAUAACAACCCACUGGCAGGCGACAAAAAUUUGCCAAUG